UCAACUCACGACUAACAGCCCGCCAUUUCAGAGGCUUAACCUCUCGUUGUUUGAUAUUGGAGCCAGUAGUGACGUUAUUGGAAAACACUUUAACCGUACGCUUUAUGUGUGUUUGACAAAAAAAAAAAAAAAAAAAAAAAAAUUCUAAUGUAGUAUGUUGGAUCACUGAUGCUAUGAUACAUUCAAUUAUUAAAUACCGUUCAACAACGUUUGUUACUGUCACGUGGCUUUCGUUUGUGAUCAAUCUAUAAAUCACUUCCCGUGUUAAUUGUAUCAACAGUUCAUUUAAUAAGAUUAAGUAUAAAGUGAAUCAUUAUGUCUGCGUUAGAAAAGUACUUGUAAAACUUCGUUGCAUUUAUUUAUUUAUUUUAAUUAUUUCACAUAUAAAUUGUAUAAUCGUAGUAUAAUCGUAAUGUCCAAAAUAGGAUUUAUGUGUUUUUAACAGAAUACGAUGUAUUUAAUUGAUAAGGAUAUUUGUAAACUGUGCGAUAAAAAAAAAAUCGGGAUUUCCGUUCUUGGCAUCGGGGUCAUCGCUAACGUUUACGAAUUAAUCAACUGACACACGCAUAAGAUGGCUAUGAAUGUUAGUCUGGACCCCAAUAACCCUGAUGACAAGUGCAGUCGCUAUGAGGUUUUGUCCUGGAUCAAUGAAACAUUACAGACUCAUUUUACUCAAGUGGAGCAAUGUCGUUCAGGUGCAUGUUUUUGCCAGCUUAUGGACUUGCUCUUCCCAGGGUCCAUAGACAUGAGCAAAGUAAAGUUUGAGUCCCAAAAGAGGACUGAUUUUAAACAGAACUACAGUCUUCUGCAGGCGGCUUUCCAAAAAAACGGAAUAAAACAGCAAGUCCCUGUGAAGCAGCUUCUCACAGGAAAGUUUAGACCCAAUUUCACCUUUCUGAAAUGGUUCAGGAAAUUUUUCUUUGCCAAUGAGAGACAAGGGAGAGAGUACAACCCAGUUGAAGCUCGUAACGGUCAGGAUAUUGUACAGGUAGAUGAACCUGUUAAAUCUCCAAGAUCCUGGAAAAAUCCAUGUGAAUCUGGCAGAGUAAGAGACGAGUCUGACAAAGACAUGGAACUGAAUGGAAGGAGAGAACCUUUGACUUACGAUUCUAAAUGGGAAAGAACCUUCAAGUGGAUCAGAGCCAGUCAUAUGGGAGACAACUGUGCUUAUUGCACUUUGUGUGACUCCAAUAUCAUUCUACAUGCAGGUUUUUUUGAUCUGAAGCGUCACCAGCAGACUCAGAAGCAUAUGAAGCAUGAGAUGGGAGGAUUAAAUUCAUCUGGCAGAAAAAAGAUAGAAAACUCUAUUCCCUUUAGUGAAACCAUGCUUCUUUUCAUUCAAAACCAUUGCCUCUCCAGUUUACCCUCAAGGAUCAACAAGGUCUCCCAGCGUACUGCAAGCUACGUCCUCGGCCUAAAUUAUCCAAAUGAUAUUGUUUCUGCUUGUAAGAUGAAUCCCUACUGUAUCUAUAUAUAUGGUCAGGUGCCGCUUGAUGCAGAAAGCAGAGAAAGAACCUCCUGCCAUGUGGUGCUAGUGGGCUUUUUUGAGGAAAAGCGAGCAAGGUAUUGUAUCCGACUCCUUGAUGUCUUUCAGGCGGAAGAUGGUAGCUCUGUAUCUGGAUGCUUACACAAUGUCCUUCAAAAAUUUGAGCUUCCUGCUGGCAACAUGGUUGCUUUCUACGUUAAUGACCAAGAACAGACCUCAGGAAGUGUUGUGACACACAUCCAGGAGCUCAACCCACGGGUAAUUGAUCUCGGAGGACUUUACAGCAUACCUGACUCUGCCUGCAGUGCUGGCCUACGAGCUCACUCCAGUCAGGUUCAGGAACUUAUUGCCAACAUCUAUGAACACUUCUCAACUUGUUCCACCAGCAACGACAACAUCAAGGUGCUGUUUGCGGGCAUUGAAGGACUAAGGGACACCAGCGCUCCCCUCUCACACAGUUGUGAGGAGUUUUGUGUGCUCGUUCAAAGAAUGCUCGAAAUGUGGAGUGAUUUGGUAUCAUACUUCACUUCCUGCGAUGAAAAUAAUGAUAAAGCUAAGCAAAUUUGUUCGCAGUUGGAGGAUCCUAAAAUCAGGAUCACCUUGAUGUUUCUGGAUCAUGCUCUUGGACCACUCCGUACCUUCGAGCAGCACCUGCAACAAAGCAAAGGCUCUGUUCGUGCCGAUCUUGUCCAGAUCCUUCGAGAAGCAAGUGGACUCCUACGUUCGUAUGCCUCCAGCUUUCUGCGCCCCCAAGCGGUCAUACGCUACCUGAAGGAACGAGACCCAGCCAUCCUGGAGAACUCCACAUUCUGCCUUCCUGCUACUGAGCUUAGUCUGGGAGGUGUGGUAGAAGACUUCAUCUCUGCCAGAGAAGAAGAGCUAGCAGAUUCCGUUAAUGUGUUUCAUGAUGAGUGUUUAGCUUUCUACAAAACUCUUACAACCUCCAUCGCUGACAGCAUACCUCUGAGCGAUAGUGUCCUGAGGGGCAUUUCACAGCUCCUCAGCCCAGCUGGAAGAUUGAAGGUCACAGGAAAGAGUAUAGUUGACCUUGCUGUACAAUUUGGCAUCUGCUCCAAACCUGAGGAUUCUGCUAAACUCACAGAUGAGUUCUUGGAGUACCAGCUUGUAGAAGAUGAAGAAGACACAACCCUUCCUCUGGAGCAAUACUGGUGUAAUGUGCUCAAGACUUUUCCACCAGAAUCCAUCUUCAAGAGACUUGUCCUCUGUUUUUUGAUUUUGCCCUGUCCAUCUCUUGAAGCAGAAAAGAUCUUUGCACAGGCUGUUGAAAAUGGAGAUGUUGCUUAUUGGGAUGAUAGUUCAGAGGAUAGUGACACAGACUUUACAAAAGAGCUGGAUUCCAAUGAUGACUCUUCUCUAGACCACACUGAAGUCAAGACAUCACCUAUCAGAAAUGGGCAAAUGAAAAAAAACAGAGGUAGCACAGCAGAGAUGGUUCAACACUCAGUCACAGUGAAGCCGUGUGUGGUGCGACUGGAGAAGAUCACCAGUCAGAGAGAAAUGGAUUUAAGAAAAAAUGGAGCCGAUGAUGAUAUCUGGACUAGUGGCACGAUGCAUGAGGUUAAGAACAAUGCUCGUUCAUCUGCAUCAAAUUCGACACCAAGCCCCAGAUCUGGAAAGAGAGAACAAGCAUACCACGACGGAAAAGGUUAUGCCAUUGGAGAGCUUGUGUGGGGAAAAGUAAAAGGCUUCUCUUGGUGGCCUGGACUGGUGGUGGUGUGGAAGGGCCGGGUGCUUCCUGUGUCUAUGAGGCGCGUGGAGUGGUUUGGAGAUGGCAUGUUUUCAGAGAUUCAUACAGAGGGACUGCAGCCCUUCGCUGCGUUUGCAAAGUGCUUUUGUAGUAAGUCCUAUGAAGGUCUGCCUACCUACAAAAAUGCCAUCUAUCAAAUCCUAGAGUUGGCAGCAGAGCGCUGUGGGAAGAAUUUCCCCCCCUCUGAGAAGAAAGGGGAAGAGGUGAAGGCCAUGCUGGAUUGGGCAUUUGGAGGCUUCCAGCCCAUGGGUCCUGAUGGAUUUUUGCCUCCUGUGGACAGCUCUGCCAGUAAAACGGAGUCUGAUUCUUCAGUGUCUGAUUAUCAGCCUCCAGCCAAGAGGAAGUAUGUCUUCAAGAACAGGCAGUCAGCUCAAGAUUACACCAGAGAUCAAAUGGUCCAUGAGGUCACUGUUAAAGGCAGAAACAUUGAAGAUUUCUGCCUGUCCUGUGGAACUGCCAACACUGAAAUUUUCCAUCCACUUUUUGAGGGAAGCCUUUGUUUUAAGUGCAAGGAGAACUUUACAGAAACACUGUACAGGUAUGAUGAUGAUGGCUAUCAGUCAUACUGCACCGUGUGCUGCGCCGGACAAGAGGUCAUUCUCUGUGGAAAUGCCAGCUGCUGCAGAUGUUUCUGUAAAGACUGUUUGAAUAUGCUGGUGGGAGCUGGGACGUUUGAUAAGCUGAAGGAGGUUGACCCAUGGAGCUGUUACAUUUGCCUGCCCUCUAAGUGCUACGGCGUGCUCAAGCUCAGGCCUGACUGGAGUGUUCGUGUCCAGGAGUAUUUCGCCAAUAACAGUGCCUUCGAAUUUGAGCCACACCGAGUGUAUCCUUCUAUUCCAGCUCAUAAGCGUCGUCCAAUCAGAGUCCUCUCUCUGUUUGAUGGGAUUGCAACAGGCUAUCUGGUCUUAAAAGACUUGGGCUUUAAGGUGGAGCGCUACAUUGCCUCUGAGAUCUGUGAAGACUCCAUUGCUGUUGGGAUGAUCAAACAUGAGGGCCAGAUUGAAUAUGUGAAAGAUGUGCGGACCAUCACAAGGAAACAUCUGGCCGAGUGGGGUCCAUUUGACCUCCUGAUUGGUGGAAGUCCAUGUAAUGACCUGGCCAUGGUGAAUCCAGCCAGAAAAGGUCUUUUUGAAGGCACAGGUCGGCUCUUCUUUGAAUAUUACCGCAUGUUAACUAUGAUGAGGCCGAGAGAGGAUGAUGAUCGCCCCUUUUUCUGGCUCUUUGAGAACGUAGUAGCCAUGAGUGCCCAUGACAAGGCUGAUAUCUGUCGUUUCCUGGAGUGUAAUCCUGUGAUGAUUGAUGCUGUGAAAGUAAGCCCAGCCCACAGGGCUCGCUACUUCUGGGGAAAUUUACCUGGAAUGAACCGACCACUUGCGACUUCACUCACUGAUAAAGUAGAACUGCAGGACUGCCUGGAGGUCGGACGAACCGCAAUGUUCAGCAAAGUUCGCACUAUCACCACCAAGUCCAACUCCAUCAAACAAGGGAAGAUGGGGCCUCUGCCGGUCACCAUGAAUGGAAAAGAGGACUAUCUUUGGUGCACUGAAAUGGAGAGAAUAUUUGGGUUUCCAAAGCAUUACACCGAUGUGAAUAAUAUGGGGCGAGGACAUAGGCAGAAGCUGCUUGGGCGGUCCUGGAGUGUUCCCGUGAUCCGACACCUCUUUGCCCCUUUGAAGGAUUACUUUGCUUGCGAGUAAACCACCAUCUGGUCCAGGCAGCACUGGCACUGGAGGUCCAAAUUAAGUUUCUCAGAUAAAUGAAUUUGAUUUUCUUUUUAUUUUAGUUUUUCUCCCUGCAGAUUCUGACCUCAGAAUAUUGCCAAAUUUUAAUGUUGCAUUUGUUCUCAAGUUCAGAAAGCAUGUUAUCCUGAUGAUUUAUUCUUGGAACGCACAGCCACUUUUGGAUUGGAUUCUCUUAAGUACUGUCAUUUUUAACUUGUACAUUUUAAAGUGAUUUUUAUGCUGGAGAGAGCCACACGAUACUCCACCCACUACCUCAGUGCCGUUCUGUGAUUUGUUCAUUGUCUGGAGGAAUGCCGCUUUAUGCCUAAUUUAUAAUAAGUUAAUAUUAAUUUGGUUUGGUUUAGCAGUUUUAAACUUAUGUCAUCUUUUUAGAGCACAUUUUUACAUUAAAUCGUUUCCGUGUUUUUAAUAAACAUCCUGUUGUUAAAUAUUGCAUUUUAGAAUUUUUACAAUUAUAGUAAUGUUAUCAUUCCACUUGUGCAGUUUUAUAAUACAGGAUGUUUGGCCAUCAUGACAACCGUACUAAAUCAACAUUUAAAUGUUUUCCUAUUAAGGAGCAUCUAUUUAAAUGAAAUGAAUGUUAAUAUACAGCGUAGAUGACUUGGGUUUCAAUUAAACUGCGCUUAAUUUAUAGGAAUACAUGCAAUCUUAUAGUGCUCCAUGUAUUCAGAAGCACAAAUGUUGUCUGUGCCAUUCAAUUUGACUCAAACCUUGGGCUGUUAGAUUUGAGUUGACAGUAGCCUUCCAAAGCUUUUUUACUUUAUUUUUAUUGUUAUCUUUAUCAUUUAUAAUAAAUCUGCAGAGCAACACUGCUGUUUUAAGACUAUUUUUGAGCAUUUUUAAAACCUCGUAGUCCACACUAUCAUCAUUUUACAAGAAACAGAUCAUCAACCCUUAACAUUCAAGUAUUUUGUUUUUCAUUUUGCCCCAUUUGUUACCUGUAUGCACUUCCGAUUUUAAACUGUUGGCUGAAACUGUGGUCACUGCAGCAUUCGUUUGUUAUUUUUGGUGAGCAUUUCACAUACUACAAUAUCCAAGUGAGAGUUACUGAAGCCUUUUUGUCGAAAUUGAUACAAUGUGAUCAAGGGCUUAAACUCUGAAUAAGUGCCUACAAACUGAUGGGCUAUUUUUUUUUAUGAGGAAAAAAGAAAAAGUGAACUGAUUGUAACUGGCUUGACUUCAGACUACUUUAAAUGGCAUAAUUUUGGCUACUUUGUCUAGUGCAAGUGUCUAAAUUAUAUCUUACCUUUGAAAUGUCUUGAUACAUUUCGUUAUUAAUUGUGGUCCACUGUCAGUGUGAAAUUAGGUGCUUCAGAAUGUGUGUAUAAAUACAUUGUUUUAUUUGUAGUUGUUUAGCAUGUGUAUUUUUUUAGCAUUAUGUGGAUCAUGGGGAUUUGUGGUUUGGACUGUCACAGGUCAAAGCUAGUGUGACCAUACAUCAUCUGUUUCCCUGACAUUUUCUGGCAUGGAUUUCUAUGAAUUGAUUAUAUACUAUACCUGCAUGCUAUCGGUCAGCUUUAUUUUCAAUCAUUACCUUAAAAUAUAAAAACAUUAGGGAAGCAAAUCCAUUUUAGGUCACUCCAGAAAUGCCAUCUAGGUCAUGUCUGGGGAGAAAAGAAGACGUAUGGUCAAACGAAUCCAAGCUUAUCUUUAAAUUUUUGUAGUUUUUUAACAAUGUAUGCCAACUCAAACUAAGCUUGAUUAAACCAGAUUUAGUGAGGCAUGGGCCAGCCUGAGGGGUUAUGUGUGCUUUUGGUGAAAUAUCAUUUAACUGGAUUACAUGUCUUGAUGCCUUCUGGAUAUCUAUGUCUUGUAGCAAAGCUUUAGAAAUUCCCAGUAGGAACUGUGUUGGUGCUGUGUUACAUGUGAUUUUUGUAAAAUGAUGGUCCAUGUGUAAUUUUGGAGGUGCGGUAUGGUUAUAAAGAAUAUCUUCCUCAGGUCUUUUCAACACCAGCAGGCCUCAAAGGACUGUGAUCUUUAGCAUCACACUUGAUUAUUUUUUUUUUCAAUUCUUUGUGAACAGAAUAUACAAUAUAUUUGUACUCUUGAAAUUGCCCUUAAUACCUCUUUUUCUUUUUUACUUUUGAAUGGGUCAUUCAAAACCCUGAUGUGUUUUGGUGCUAAAUGAUAUGCUAAUGAUGUAUGUAGUUCUAGAAUGAUUUCCCUGGACUGAUGAUUGACAAGACUGGUUUUAUUUUAAUCUUUUGAUAUAGUCUGCUUACCUAGCUUUAAUAUUCCAUGCUUGUACUAACAUCAGUGAAGAAAAAUAAACUGCACCAAACUUG